AUGCAACCAAUUAUCAUUAAUAUAACAAUUUUAAAUUCUAUGGAUGUUGUUGGUCGUAUAACAAAACCGCCUAUUUAUCAUCCAUACAUUAAUUAUAAUGGACAUCGUCUACAUGUUGGCAUUUCAUAUUCUCAAUAUCUUUGGCCAUGGGUUGGAUAUUUGGCUGUUUAUCUGAGUGUAACACCCGAUUCUAUUGACGAUAUUAUUCCAUCGUCGCGUUUCUCAGGUGUUGCUGAAGGUUAUGUCAGUCUUGUUGUGGAAUCUUAUGAUACUGUUCGAAAUCUAUCAUUAAACACAAAUCUACGAUUACCAAUUAAAGCUAACAUUGUACCUAUUCCACAUCGAUCAAAACGAAUUCUCUUUGAUCAGUUUCAUAGUAUUCAUUAUCCAUCUGGUUUUAUUCCUCGAGAUGAUUUGACCCGAUCAAAGGAACCAUUAGAUUGGUUAGGAGAUCAUAUUCACACAAAUUUUCUUGAUCUAUAUACACAUCUACGUAGAAAAAGUUAUUUCAUUGAAGUAUUAACCUCUACAUUUGACUGUUUCAAUGCGUCUAAUUAUGGUACAUUCCUUAUUAUUGAUCCAGAAGAAGAAUUCUUUCCAUAUGAAAUAGAAAAAUUGUUUGUGGAUGUUACAGAAAAGGGAUUAUCAUAA